CAAUUUCGAGAGGCUUAGAUUCUCAGGUUGAGUGGGUGGCAGAUUUAACUCUCCCACACAUGGCAGGCCUCCAUAUUCAUUUAUCCUCUCGAGAGGCCCCACCACCAUUAUCACCAUAACCACCUGUAUCAGAUUACUUCAUAAUCAACAAGAACAGAACAAAACAAGCAAAUCCUCCCCACCAUUAUUUCUCUGGUCUCUGCGGCUGCAGCCUGCAGCAGCAACUGGACUGCUGUUAUUAUCAAGUGAUGAAAACCCUAACAAGUUCUUGUUCAAACGUCAUCCUUGACAAAAAAGGAGACAACAGACCCGUUUUCUCUUUCAGAGAAUUGAGACAUGAAGUUAGUAUUUUGCCAUCAAAGAAGCUUGUUCAUAGUGUUGGCUUCUUGCAUUGGCUAUGUGUGAAACAUAAGCCUAUCUGUCCAAUUCGUGUUUCUUCUUCUUUCUCACCUGAGUCCCAGGCAUACUUGGAGGCUGAAGAUGCUCAAAACCAAGAAACAAAUGAUUCAAAGACAGUUCAUGUCAAAUUCCAGCUACGGAAGGAGUGCUCCUUUGGAGAACAAUUUACCAUAGUAGGAGAUGAUCCUUUGUUGGGAUUAUGGGAUCCUGAAAGUGGAAUACCAUUGAACUGGUCAGAUGGGCAUCUUUGGACUGUUGAGAUGGAUAUACCAGUUGGAAAAUCCAUCCAGUUCAAGUUCAUACUAAAAGGAAUUGCUGAGAAGAUUUUCUGGCAACCGGGUCCUGAUCGAAUUCUCCCAACGUGGGAAACCAGUAAUACCAUCGUAGUUUGGGAAGAUUGGGAAGAUGCUGCAUUGCAGAAGAUAACAGAGGAAGAACCAUCUGCUAAUGGGAGUGAGGAACCUGUUGUCAACCCAGAAUCGCUGAUUGUUGCCGAGAACUUGACUUGUCAAAAGGAAGAGGUGGUUUCUGAUAUGAGCAAUGGAGCAGUUACCGUGGAUGUGAGUUCUAACCCAGAAAAGAAACCAUCGCCAGUGACUUGCAAGAAAGCAAUUGUUGCUGAUAACAUUUAUCCUGUGCAAGAGAAACCUCUAGCUAUUGUAGCAGAUAACAUCAGUGACUCAGAGGGGGCUUCUACUGUGGAUGUGAAUGUUAGCAAUGCAGUAUUAAGUGAAAAGAGAACCAGUCACCAGGAGGAAGAACAGAGAACUACAUCAAGCAAGAGUACAGUGGUUAGAGAGGAUGUUGUCAGAAAUGAUGAUGCUCCAACAGCCAUAAACUCAGCAAACUCUGAUGUCCAAGGAAGUCUGGUUACUUGUGGAGGAGAUGCUGUUCUGGUUACUGGCUUGUCUGCAGCAACAGGGAUACCAAGUGAAGCAGCUAUUGACAGUGAAGAAAGAUGCCAUGCCUUUGAUGCCUCUGUUGGAGCUGGUGAAAAGAAUCACAAUUUGCCAGAGUUAGAUGAGAAGCGUGAAGUCGGUGAUGAACCACUUCAAGGAGAAACAAUGGAUGGGUUCAACGAUGAGGAGCCGCAGGGCAACGAGAUCAUACACAAACCACUGGUGAAAGAAGUAAAGUGUGAUGUUGAUGACAAUCCACAUCGAGAAGAAUCAAUCAAAGGGCUCGAUGAUGAGGAGCAGCACAGCCAUGAACUCGUAUAUAAGCCACGGGCCAAAGAAGAAAAGAAGCAAGAGUUUGUAAGAAACUGUGUUGUUCAAAAUGACCUGCACUGGAUACAGAAGCUGCUAACCAGUUUAGGGUUGCUGUAGCAUCAAGAAAGCAGAAAAACAAUUUAUUCUAUGCCUGAUUCUGUGCUACCUAGUUGCCCUACAUUUUUGAAGUGGCCUGGGCAGCGAGACAAUUGCAGCCGUGUGUAUAGACGAUUGUGACUAAGCCAUGAUGUUGCUGUAAUCUAUUCCACUAGAUUGCUCAAGUUUUGUUCUUUUAUUGUUUUAUAAUGCAAUAUGUACAUAGUGACAGCUUAUUCUUUAUCAUGUGUGACAUGGAGAUGAGAACAAUGGUAGUUUUGCAAGCAAGACGCUGUUAUUUUCUCCUGAAUGCUGCAGGUUGAAGAAAUGUGUGAAAGCAGUGCUAAUAUUCCUGUACUGUCUGUUAUUCCCAGCACAAACAAUGACAAUUACAUAUUGUUUUAGUU